UGGUGUACUGUAGUGUUGCUCUGGAGGAGAAUCCCACGAACACUGAGGUCUUCCACCACUCGCUCAUCGGUGAGCGAUUCAGUACUAAGGCGAGUUCGUCGAUACGUGGACCGUGGAGUGAAUUAACGCUCAACUUCCGCUUGGGAUUGCAGUGAUUUAAUCAGGAAGUGUGUAAUUUUGGUGUAUCACGCUGAUCUGCUCUCCCGUUGUCGUCUGAGCCGGGCUCCGCGGCCGGAGUGGGGCGAUGUGCCAAUUGGGCAUGGUGUGAUGGUGAAGGUGAUUGAGUUGAUUGAAUUAUGAAAAAGACACCACAAAAGACCCCAACCGCCGAGGGGAGCACAGCAUCGUGUACAGUGAAUCUGGUGCUGUUCGUGCUAUGCAUCUCGUCGGUGGGCACCUCCUUCUAUGCCAACUUCCGCCAGUCGAUCCUCGAGGAUCGCGUGCGGUAUUUCUCACAUCUCGACGAUAGGCUAACCGUUGUUGAGGCAAAGUUGCAAACGCUGCAACCGAAUGCCUUUGUGGAGCCACCCUUUGGGGAUGUGGCCAGUGUUGUGCGGAAGCUAUCGCUGGAGGUGGCGGGAAUUCAGAGACUGAGACGUGAUGUGUCACACUUGAAAGUAACCCGUCAACAGCGUCAGACUGCUAUUCAGCAAACACCAGAUUGUGUCUGCCCCCCGGGUCCACCAGGACCUCCAGGGAAGCGAGGGAAGAAGGGCAAGAAGGGUGAUCCCGGCGAAAUUGGACCAGCUGGACCCAUUGGUCUGGAUGGACCGAAGGGCGAAAGUGGAUCACCGGGCCUGAAGGGCCAGAAAGGCGAUCUUGGGGCAUUUGCCUUCGAUGUGUUCUCGUCAAAAGGGCUCAAGCGCUCCGUGACGACCCUGCGCGGAGGAUCACUCGGCUAUGCGGAGAUUGUGGCCGUGAAAGGUGAACCGGGUGCGCCGGGACCACCGGGUGAGCCUGGGCCCCCUGGGCUAGCGGGAAUUCCCGGGGAAGACGGCAAAAUUGGUCCAGCAGGAGCGAUCGGACCACCUGGGGAACGAGGUCAACCCGGAGAAAUUGGAGCACCUGGCCCGGCAGGACCAAAGGGUGACAAAGGGGAUCGUGGGAUUGUGACAACAAUCAGCAGCGAUCAAUUCCCCAAUGGUAUUAUUGAGGGCCCGCCUGGACCACCUGGACCGCCAGGGGAGCCCGGUGCGAAGGGAGACCGAGGUGAUGUUGGACCUGUGGGUCCUCCUGGUGGCAAAGGACCACGCGGGAAGCGCGGAAAGCGGAUAGGGAAUGGCAAAGAGGAAGUAGAUUACGAUGAUCCGGUUACGGUGCUGCGAGGCCCUCCUGGUCCACCAGGUCCUCCUGGUCCGGUGGGAAUGUCCGGGAAAGAUGGGCUACCAGGGCAGAAGGGAGAGCGCGGUCAAGUGGGUGAGCCUGGUUCGCUAGGACCUCGUGGAUUGGACGGUCUUCCCGGAGAGCCAGGUAUCGAAGGCCCACCAGGAUUGCCAGGGUAUCAAGGUCCAGCAGGUGAGAAGGGCGAAAGGGGAGACAUUGGACCGCCUGGCCUAAUGGGACCUCCUGGCUUACCCGGACCACCAGGAUUUCCAGGACCUAAAGGAGACCGAGCCGAUGGUGUUCAACCUGAAUAUAAAUUGAGAAAAAUGAGACGAAGACAGGACGAUCGGAUGUCAGAUGCUCCAUCACGCACAAAUGUUCACAUUGAAUAUCUACGUGGCCCACCUGGACCACCUGGGCAACAGGGGAUACCAGGACAUCCGGGGCAGAGGGGUGAACGCGGACCUGAGGGAAGAAAAGGAGAUGUAGGACCGAAAGGGACAAAAGGCGAUCAAGGACCUAUGGGAUUACCAGGACCUAUGGGAGUAAUUGCAGAUGACACCUUGACCCCAAUGCGCCGUAGAAGCUACCCUGGUUGAGUUCAAUCAACCCCCAAAAGAGAGCAAAACGAGUAAACGGAGGCCUCUGGCCAAAUACGGAAAACUCAAAAUGAAAAAAAAAAUCGUAAAAUGUGCGCAAACAUCAGUGCAGUGAUAAAUGCAAAACAUAUGGAUGAAAAAUUUACAUAUUGUCACGGGUUCUUUUUUUUAAUUUCUCAAAUAUAAUAUAUGUGAUUCGACUGUAGAUUGUUAAGGAAAAAAAAAACAAAAUAAUAAUGGAAACUGACGUGGAAAGACUUGUGGAGCAGAAGAGAUCAAAAUGACGACGACGAUGGAAUUUAACAGGCAAGGAGAUUUUUCCCAAGUAUUCAGUGUUUCGUUGUGUUCAUUGUCCAAGCGUAUUAAGGAAUUUAUAUAAAAAAAAAACUCAUUUUCAAGGCAACACAAAAGAUUGAAGUUUUAAAUGUAAACGAAAAAAAAGUAUAGCAUAAGAAAAUCUCAAUGUAUACAUUUAUUAAUAUUUGAAUGAAAAGAUGAAGAAGAAAAAAAACUGGAAGGAACUUACUUAUUUAUAAAUUAUUAUAUAGCCCUUAAUCUUCUACGGAAAAUCAUGCAGUCAUCGAUUUGUAUCAUUUGUAAAUAACAUACAGAUUAUACAGAGGAAAUAAAACA